UUUUUCAUUGGUUGGAGAGAGCUUGAUACCGAACACAACAGAAGCAAUACUCUCUCCAUCUCUCUCUCUCUCUCUCUCACACACACACACGCGUUUCAGCGAUGUCUAUAGCCACUUCUCAGAUCCGCCCCCUUUGUCCACAUAUCCUCUAAAUUUGGUCAUCACGAUUGAUGAAACUUAAGAAUUGUGAAGGAAGGAGCGUAAGAGGCUCCAAAGAUCUGCGCACAUCAAUUGUGACUGUUUGUGUUAAAGGAUUUUAUCCUAGAAAUGUUGUCAGAUAUUUCUAGGUCCUAAGUGCUUUCGUUGUUUCAGUCUCUGCUGUGGGUUCUGAUUUUACAAAGAUGGACAGGUCAGAUACGUCAGGUUUUGUUAGUGGUGGAGUUAGAAUAUUGGGAAUUUUCCAUUUCUCUAUAACCUAUACCUGUUAGUGUCAUCUGCUGCAAUCUUUUCUGCCAGUUAAGCCUUUCGUUCCCCAGCGCUUUAGUUUACAGCUUCUAGACAAUGAAUCUUAACAAAAAAGGUCUGCGAUUUUCUAAUAAUAAUGAGCUUCCAAAAAAUGACUGUUUUGGUGAUACUGCUUUGAGCUUGAACUGCCUUGGAUAUGGAGGAAGCAGUUCGACCAAUGCUGAGGGUGCUCAAAAUAAUCUUAAGGUUGAUUUUUCUAAUGGUUCUGAUGAUGGCUGCAAGUUGGUGCUUGGACUUGGUCCGACACCAAGUGCAUAUUUUGAUGAUUGUUACUGCUUGGGGGUUAACAAAAAAAAAGGGCUGGAUUCUGCUGUUAUAUUUCCCAAGGGGUUGCUGUCUGAGAGUGAUUCAAUCCUAAAACUUGGCCUUUCCGGAGGGGAUAAGGAAGCCCUGAGUGGUCUCGACUAUUCAAUUUCAGAGACUGAUACUGAUACACCCAUGCUGAACCAAAUUUCUGAUGAUGAUAUUAGAUCCCCGAUUCCUGUUGUCGAUGAGGGUUCCACCUCAGCCAAGAAGUCUGGUGGCUAUAUGACAUCACUUCUUUUGGCUCCUAGAAUGGAUGUCAGAAAAGCUCCAUCACAGACUGAACUUCUCAACUUUGGAACCAGAUCUAAUCAUCAAUUUCAGCUGAGCCAUGAACUAUCUGCUAACACAGAUUUCUCCAUGGGCAUUAUGUCUGAGCAAACGAUUUCAAACACUUCUUCUGACCACAGAACAAGCAAUCCGAAGAAAUGCAAGGUCUUGGGUUGCUCAAAGGGAGCCCGUGGUGCUUCAGGCCUUUGUAUUGGUCAUGGGGGCGGACAGCGAUGCCAGAAGCCAGGUUGCAGCAAAGGUGCUGAGAGCCGAACAGCCUAUUGUAAGGUCCAUGGUGGAGGAAGGAGGUGCCAACACUUGGGUUGCACUAAAAGUGCUGAGGGGAAGACAGAUUUGUGCAUUGCACAUGGUGGCGGCAGGAGAUGUGGGUUUCCAGGCGGAUGCACUAAGGCUGCAAGAGGCAAAUCAGGGCUUUGUAUUAGACAUGGAGGGGGGAAGAGGUGCAAGGUUGAAGACUGCACUCGUAGUGCUGAAGGACAGGCCGGGUUGUGCAUUUCUCAUGGGGGUGGGCGCCGUUGUGAACACCAAGGGUGUACAAAGGGUGCUCAGGGGAGUACUGGGUACUGCAAAGCUCAUGGUGGGGGAAAGCGAUGCAUAUUUGCAGGAUGUACCAAAGGAGCUGAAGGGAGCACGCCACUGUGCAAGGGACACGGUGGGGGAAAGCGCUGCAUGUUUGAUGGUGGUGGAAUUUGCCCAAAAAGUGUUCAUGGAGGCACAAACUUUUGUGUUGCCCAUGGUGGUGGAAAGAGGUGUGUUGUGCCCGGCUGUACAAAGAGUGCGCGUGGCCGUACUGAUUGCUGUGUUAGGCAUGGUGGAGGGAAGCGGUGCAGGGUUGACAACUGUGGGAAGAGUGCCCAAGGUAGCACUGACUUCUGCAAAGCUCAUGGUGGGGGAAAACGAUGCACCUGGGGUGAGGGAAAAUGCGAGAAGUUUGCCAGGGGUAAGAGUGGUCUAUGUGCUGCACACAGCAGCAUGGUCCAAGAGAGGGAGGCAAACAGGACUGGUUUGAUCAGACCGGGACUCUUCCAUGGCCUUGUAUCUGCUGCUUCAACAGCAGGUAGCAGCAUUGACAACAAUCAUUCAUAUUCUGGAGUUAGUGCUGUCUCGGACUGCAGUGAUUCCCUAGAAAAGCCAGCAAAAAGACUACAUCUCAUACCACCCCAAGUACUGGUUCCUCAUUCUAUGAAGGCCACGUCGUCUUUUACAAGUUUUAUGAAUGCUGACAACUUAGAGGAAGGUACAAAUGGUUACGGUGCCACCAGUGGUGGGAAAAAGAAUUUCGACUAUCUGGUUCCCGAGGGAAGGGUGCAUGGCGGCGGCCUUAUGUCAUUGUUUGGUGGAAAUCUGAGGAAUGCUAUCAAUGGAGUUUGAAUCUGGUGAAUUUCAGCAUCCAAGAGUAAAUUUGUACAAAAGUGUGAUGCCUGUUUAAUAACUGUGUAUAAUUGGUGUUAAGUGGUAGUGUUUAUUGUGGUAGGAUACCGUACAAGGCUCUUUAUUUUUCUAGUUGACAAUUUGACAAUUAAAAUAAGCCCUCAAAUUAUUUUCAGAACACUGCUGAAUGAGGCACUGUAUGUUCAUGGGAAGAAAGUUUUAAGUUCUGUGGCCAUUUGAAGGAA